CGCGACGAUAUGGAAAAAUAUUGUGAAAGAGAAAAAAAAGAUUAAUUAAGUUGAAGUGUAAAUCGAUAAAAGAAAAUACUGUGUAGAGAAAAAAAAACUAUUUUUAACAGCAUUUCAUGUAUCGCAAAUUCUUAUAGCAACGAGAAAAAUUAUUUUUGGAUUCAGGAGCUUUUUGUUUACAUUUGAAUGAAAGCAGAACGAAACAUCGCGUCGCACAGCAGUGUUCGAGCAGACGGAAGAUUAUUUAUUCAUACAUUGCAAAGAAAUCAUCUGAUAAAAGAAUCUCUCUAUCUCUUUUCACAACCAACAGUAAUAGUUAAUGACGGUUUUACACCGCACAUCAUCAUCAUCAACAGAAUCAUAAAAUAAUCAUCAUCAUCAUCGAUACUUUCCAUAACAAAAAUAAUAAGAGUGUCUAAUAAUCUGUUAAUAUUAAUCUUAAUUAUUUGUUAAAAUAUUUUAAAAAAAAAAAGAAAAAAGAUUUCGUGAAAAUAGUUUUUAAAAUAAUAAAAAAAAAAAAUAAGUUUUUAAAAAAAUGACGACACCACGAUGGACCAAAAACGCUUAUGUCAAAUUGAUAUUAGCAAUUCUAGUGAUUGUCUGUAUAAUAGUUGCGUUUGUUUGGCUAAGUAAUUCAUAUUCAUUACUCGGAGCGAGUUCGUUAUCAUCGCAGAGUAGCGAGAAAGAAGAGCUUAGUAAAACUAGCAAUCUUAAGUCGCUUGUGGAAUCGUUUCUCAAAGAGCAUCCCGAAGCCUUAAAAACAUCACAAGAUGAAGAUAGUCUUAAGCUUUUGGCAUUACUUAAUUCCUCGAUGCCAGCAAUACUCCAAAAACUGCCAGAUAUGAAAGAAGUUACAGAGUUUUGGAUUGUAUAUCCAAAUAAAAUUGAAGUGCCAUUGCAUAAAGACGAUUUACUGUACGAGUCCAAUCGAAAUACUUCCAGUGCAUUAAUUUUAGAUAAUAAAUAUCCUCACCACAAAACUGGUCAUUAUCGUAAUAAAUCAAAGAAAAUUUGGGAUCCACAUCCACGGUACGAAAUUAAUGCUAAUGGACACAGCUUUGUGCUAAAUUUACGUCCCGAGUCCGAUUACGUUGCGCCAAAUCUCGAGGUCAGCCAUGUAACACACAACAGUAAUUUGAGGAGGAAAGAUGAGCAGCAAGAGCAUAUUGAGCAGAAAGAAUGUCAAUAUAAUGGCACAAUAGAAGGCGAUGACAAGGCGCGUGUUGCAGUAUCGCUAUGUGAUGGAAUGCAAGGCUAUUUUCGCACGUCGAAAGGAUCAUACUUUAUUGAGCCGAUUGAGGAAUACGUUGACGAAAAUAAAAAUAUUCUCCAUCUGUUAUACAGGCAUCCGCCAGUGGAUGGUAAUGCUGAGAAAUGCGAUGUGACAAAUUCACAUGAUCAUCACGAAACAGAAUCAGAAACAAACGAAGAAGUUGAAUUGAAAUUUUUAAAUGAUAAAACGAAAAAUGCUCAUUUGGUGCACAGAGUGAAACGAAGUAUUCAUAACCAUCAACAUUUAUCACCGUACCAGCAGCAAUUGCAGAGACAUCGUCAGCGGCAGCAGCAAUAUGAGCAAUAUCAAAGAGAAUUACGCGAACGAGAAAUGCGCGAGAGGCAACGAACAAGAACAAAUACGAAUUAUAAUCGAGAUGCUCGACAAUAUCAGGCCAUGAUGCAGCAACAACCACAACAGCAGCAGCAGUUUAAUAAUAACAUGUAUCAUUAUCAGCAUCAUUAUCAAAAUAGUAUGCAUCAUGUGCAGCAAAAGAAUUCGGAUGAGAAUAAGGAAUAUACCAUAGAAGUAUUAGUAGCUGUAGAUAAGAAAAUGCAAGAGUACCAUGGCAAGAAUCUUAAGAAUUAUGUGCUGACAUUAAUGUCAGUGGUAUCAAGUAUUUAUGCUGACGCUAGUAUUGGAAACUCCAUAAAGAUUGCCGUAGUGCAUAUAAUGUAUAUUGAGCAAGAUUUAGUUCCAGAUGCAAGUUAUGUUAACGCAGGUGUGGGCGUCUCAGCGUCGAGUAUGCUGGUGGAAUUCUGCCGAUUGAAGCACACUCACGAUUAUCAGCAUGAUACGGCAUUGCUUUUAACUAGGGAACAAAUUUGUCGGGUUGCAAAUCAAAAGAAAUGUGAUACAUUAGGUUUAGCUGAAUUAGGUACAAUGUGCAAGCCAAAUUCUUGUGCUAUUGUUCAAGAUAAUGGCUUGUCUGCCGCCUUUACAAUCGCUCAUGAAUUAGGACAUGUCUUGAACAUGCCACAUGAUGAUGACAAGAAAUGUGAAAAAUAUCGAGGCAAUGGAACUCAUAAGCAAAACAUCAUGUCACGCAUGUUAGAUCAUAACACUCAUCCGUGGUCGUGGUCAAAUUGCUCGCGACACUAUGCCACCGAAUUUUUAGACCGUGAACAAAGCUCCUGUUUAUUGGAUAAGCCACACCGUAAUAUGAUUGAGAAAUCAGGCAAUACAAUGUUAGCAGGUGAAAAGUUUACUGAUGAUCAGCAAUGUGAGCUCGUGUUUGGCCAUGGAGCAAGAAUUUGCUCGUACAUGCCUAAAUGCAGUCGAUUAUGGUGUAGUCAAAACAAUCAAGAAGAUCAUGGUUGUCGUACGCAACAUAUGCCAUGGGCUGAUGGAACAACGUGCGGUGAGAAUCAAUGGUGUCAAAAAGGUGAAUGCGUGACUAGAAAUCGAUCGGCAUUAGCACCCAUUCAUGGAGGGUGGGGAGAAUGGAGCGAGUUUGGUGAUUGUUCGAGAACAUGCGGUGGAGGCGUUCAAUCGGCUGUCAGAAAAUGUGACAAUCCAACACCGGCAAACGGUGGAAAGUUUUGUGUUGGACAAAAAAUUCAGCAUCGAUCGUGCAACACACAAGACUGUCCCGAUGAUAAGAUUGAUUUUCGUGCUGAACAAUGCAGUCGCUUUGAUAACAAUAAAUUUAAUUUGGAGCUGCAACGAGACGCAAAAUGGUUGCCAAAAUACGGUCUCCCAGAAAAAGAUGAAUGCAAGCUAUUCUGUCGAUUGGAAGAGACAUCAUCAUACUUUGAGCUCGCAAAUCGAGUUGUUGAUGGAACGCCAUGUUCAUACAAUACAUUUGAUAAAUGCAUCAAUGGCCUUUGUGUUCCGGCUGGAUGUGACAAUGAACUUUACUCAACUGCUGAUGUGGAUAUGUGUGGCGUGUGCAAAGGCAAAAAUGAGACAUGUGAGAGCUAUUAUGGCAAUUUGACGCAUUAUCAAUUCCGCGAGAAGGCAAAUUAUCAAAGUAACUACUUUAUAUAUUCAGUUGUGACAAUUCCAAAAGGUGCUACAAACAUAGAGAUUCUUCAAGCUGGUCUUGAAGAUGACCGUAAUUAUAUUGCAUUGCGAGACGAUCAGGACAACUACAUUCUCAACGAUUUACAUCAUAUUGAAGGGAAUCAUAAGAAGAUUUAUUAUGGUGGCGUGACAUUGGAAUAUAACGGUGGUAAAAGUUCAUUUGAGCGCGUAAACUCAACCUACGCAUUACAGUUGAAACGUGAAUUAAAAAUUGACAUUUUAUCGUUCACACCGCCUACAAGGAUUGAAGAUUAUGUCAUUAAAUUCUCAUAUACGCGAUCCGAUACGGGAAAGAGUGUCUUAACAAAUCAAAUUACUAACAAUUACAACAGUAAUAAUGAUUAUAAUACAGUCAAGAAGCAGUAUGGAUGGCAAAUGCAAGAAUGGACUAAUUGCAGUAAUAUUUGUCAUGGCAAGCAAAUUCGAAAGGCUUCAUGCGUUGAAUCCAACUCAAAAACGAUUGUUAACGAGAAUUAUUGCCGGAGUACUGCAAAACCUUACGACGAUUAUCGUGAAUGCAAUACUGAUUGUCGAUUGGGAUGGCAAGUUUAUAAAUCUGAUUGUUCAGUCAAUUGUGGCGAUGGCAAUCGAACAAUAAAAUAUGAAUGCGUUCAACGUUUCGACCGAAAUGAUCAGCAAUAUAAGAUUGUCGAUAGGAAUCAUUGUCCUCACCGGCCAGAAACAACAACAUUUGAGCCGUGCUCACAGGCGUGCAAUGAAGUUCUUUGGUUCUACGGUGAAUGGAGUCCGUGCUCGCGAUCGUGUGGUGGAGGCAAGCAGAACCGAACUUCCAUGUGCUUAUCAGAUCCGGUUCAUCGUCGACAAGUUCAUGAAAAGUAUUGUAGUCACCUGCGUCGAGAAGAGCUAGUUCGAUAUUGCAAUCAAGAUGUCAGUUGUGCAGAGUGGGCGUACGGAGAUUCUUCUCCCUGUUCCGUUACAUGUGGAAUAGGUCAGCAAACGACCGUAAUUUAUUGCAAACAAAAUAAUGAAAUUGUAAAUCCUUCGCUCUGUUCAAGUCCACAACCUAAAGAAAUCAUUAAACAAUGCAUUAUGCCGAAAUGUGAUUCUGUUCAGAAAACGUCUAUAGUAGAUGUUUCAGCAGCACGAAAUCGAUUUAAUUCAAAAAUAAAUGACCCUACAACAACAGUAUUUAAUUUAAACAAUGUUAAUUACAUUGAGACUACGACAACAAUGAUUGCAAAAUAUGAAUGGAGAACGGGUCGAUGGGGCGAGUGUUCAGUGUCUUGUGGAGAGAAGGGUGGAAGGAAAAUUAGAACAGUUAAAUGUACAGAUCCGCAGUCGAAUUUCGAUAUCAUUGAAGAUCAUCUCUGUGAUCAGAUGCAAAAGCCUGUUAAUGUUACGAAUUGUAAUGAGUUUAGGUGUCCUCAGUGGAAUUGGGGAAAAUGGGGAAAGUGUACUAACGAGUGUAAGCGCGAACGUCAAGUUGUUUGUCAAGAUCAUCGUGGCAAUAUUUUGAAAGAUCAAUGUCCUCUCGAAAUGGAACCUCAUAAGUCUGAAGCAUGUUGUCACUUUAGAUGGAGAGCUAUAUGGAAACCAUGUUCAGCCACUUGUGGAACAGGUUAUCGAACAAAGGAAGCUGUUUGCAUGCGUCUAUAUCCGAAAUCAUUGGACAAUCCACAUCCAAUUAAAAAUGGUACACGCGUCGAUCCUAAAUAUUGUGCGCAUAUGGAUAAGCCAGCAUAUGAGAAGUCGAAGAAAGUUUGUAAGAAUAAACAGCCAUGCAUUCAUGCAUUUAGAUGGGUGAUUGGCCCGUGGCUUAAGUGCUCUAGUGGAUGCGGCUCAGGUUAUACAACGAGAAACGUUACGUGCACAAACGGACAUAUCGAAUCGCCGAAUGAAUGUACCGAACAGCGUCCUAUUAAAUACAAACAAUGCGAAAAUAAAAACCAUUGCCGAUGGCGUUACGGAAAGUGGAAAAAUUGCACUUGUGCUGGCUAUCAGAAGAGACGAAUUACAUGUUGGGAUGGAUAUAAGAAUAAAGCAGCUACCAAUUGUCCCGAUGAAGAUAAACCAAUUUCAAGACAGCGAUGUAAUGCACCGCCAAAUUGUUCAUGCAAGAGCAUCCAACACUACAAGCGAACGAGAACGGAUGGCGAAUAUAAAAUCAAUAUUCGAGGGCGUGAAGUGGAAAUUUAUUGUCAUAGUAUGAAUUCAGAGAGUCCAUCAGAAUAUAUAACAUUACGGAAAGGAAAUCAGGAAAACUAUUCAUUAUUCUACAGUAAGCGUACGACUGAUAUGUCGAAAUGCGAAAAUGGGAAGGGCGUUCAUGACGAGUCUAUUCAUUAUGGCACAACGAGAUUUAAUAAAGUUCGUAUCAACAUCAACACACUUCAAAUAAUUGACGAUGAUUAUCAAUUUUCGCAUACCGUUGGACGACAGCAGAAAUAUGCAACGGGUGGUGAUUGUUAUAGUAAUUCUGGCUCGUGUCCGCAAGGUGAUUUCUUUGUUAACUUGGAAGGCACUGGCUUCAGAAUACGACCGAACAUGAUGUGGGAAGCGAAUGGAACAAAUUCAACAAUAGAAUAUCAAAUUAGGCUCGAAAAGCCAUAUCACAAAGUCAGAGCACGAUGCGGAGGCUAUUGCGGGACAUGUCGACCAACGCACCGAGGCAUCUACUUAGACGUACUAUGAAGUAAUUAAAAAAAAUAAUUUAAUUGAGAUAAUUAUGAAGUCAGUACUUGAAGUGAAAAUGUUGUUAAGAUUUUUUUUAUUAUUAUUAUGUAUUUAAAAAACACACAACAUGGAUUAUUUGAUUUUCGCAUGACCGAGAUGAUGAAUAGUCAAGCUAGAGACAGAGGAGAUAAAAUAAUUUCGUUAAGAAAGAUUAAAAAAAUUUCCUUUUUUUGUAAGAAUAUUUUUUGGGAGAAUAAGGGCAACCACAAACGUAUAUCUUAAGCAUUUUCAAUUGUGCCUUAAAUAAUUGAAAAAUGAUCUCUACCAAAAAAAAAAUAAUUUCAAUAACAAAAUAAUGCAAAUGACAAGUUGUUCCGUUUUAUCGAGCAACUGAUGUUAUUAAAAUUUAAUAAAAUAACAAAUUAAAAAUUGAAGAAAAAAAACUGUAAAAUGUAAAAUUUGUAAAACUGUAGAAAAAUAAUAAUAAUAAACAAAAAAAUUGAAAAAAAUGCACGUAUGACGUUGGACCAUCGACUCCAUUUUCGUCUGUGGGGUUUUUGAAGUUCCCAUUCAGUUGAGGAUUCUUUCCCUGAUUUUUUUUUUUUACUUUUAAUAACAUUAUUCAGACAUAAGUCUACUUAAAUUAAUAUAAAUUACUGUGAAUCUUAGUAAGAUAUACCAUUAUACAAUAGAGAAAUUCGUGAUUCCUAGUCAUUUCCAAGCAGCAUCAAAUUUAAUGGCCAUCCGAGUUCCAUCAAGUGACAAAUUUUUAUUUUCCAUCUAUGUUUAAAAUUUUUGAAUUUCAUUUAUUUUAAUAGCUGUAUUGAUAGUUUAAUUGUGUGAAGAAUUGAGGGGUUUUGAGGUUAUAUUGGAGGUUAAGUGAGGGAUUGAGUGGCUUUAUGGUUUUAAGGGUAUCGGUUUCUUGGGGUUUGUUAAGCCAUUCUUGAGAUUAUGGCUAGAUUACACCUUAAUCAUGCUAAAAAGUGUGGCUAGAUUUAACCUUAGUCAGUCUAGAGAAAGUGGCUGGUGAAUCCUUGAGGUACAAGACAAGCCCGAAUAGCACAAGUCGGUUAAUCGAAUAGAAAUCUGGUGCCAAGCCGGAAUGACUCUGGCAUGGUGCUGGAUUUAAAUCCAGUAACACUGGUUUGGUGUCAGAUUUCAGAUCGAUUAACCGACUUGUGCCUUUCGGGAAGAUGCAACCAUGAAACCAAAAGAGAAAGCUACUGACAUCCUAGUGGAGGUUCUGAACAGUGAUCAUUCUAUUAACAUCCUUAACCACUCCUUUUUAGCCCCCCAACUGCCUAUCCUCCCAAAAACCUCCAAUCCCGAUCAUCUCCGAACAAAUCCUCUCAAUACCCAAACAUCUUCCCAUGUGCGUGCCUCAAAACAAAGCUAAUCUCCGAUACAAUCACCAAGAAUAAAUAAAAUCAAUUAAAGAGAAUUCCGGUUACUGGGUCAGUAUACAUUGCAGCUAUUUUCGUGAUGAAAUCGUUUUGAGAAUUGAAAAAAAAACAUUGUUGAUGAAAUUUCAAAAUAAAAAUUUCAAGGAACUCUCGAAAACCCCUCAAAAAAUUGCCAUGAUAUUAAGAAUUACUUACUUGGUCCAUUAUGAUUUAUAAUAAAAAUAAAAAAUUAAAAAAUUGCACUCAAGUAUACAGCAAGCAGCUAUUCUGAGCUUGUUAAAGAUAACAUUGUGUAGCUCGCAAUCAAAAAAAAAUUAAUAAAAAGAAUCAAAAUUCAAGUGUUCAUAGUCGUCCAUUCAGAAUUGUAAGUAGGGAAAUUUGAGAAACGAUCAUCGAAAUAUUUAAAAUUGAAAAAAUAUACUGCCGAGAUACUCAAAAUAUGAAAUAAAGUCUAUUUUUUUUUCUAACGCACCUUCAUCUCUUGCACAUCUCCAGUAAAACCAUCUAAACUAAUUAAUUUUUAUAACUAUACACUUGAAAAGAAAGUAAAGAGUGGAAGUAGAAUAUGUAAGAGUGAUAAUUAUCAACGCACGUACAUACUUUAAAGAUUUUUGUGAAACAAAUGAAAUGAAAUUUUAUGAAAAAAGUAUGAAGUAACUUAAAGGUUGGUGUUUUGGUUUUUGAGGUGGAUUUGAGGGUUUCUGAGAAAGUGAAAAAAUUGUUACAAAACAGCAGAAACUAGUUCGAAUUAGGAUUCGAACCCAUUGACUAGAUUAAAUAAUGACUUUAGUCACAUUGCUCAUUUUAAACAAUAGGUAAAUUUUUGGAUAUUAUUCGAUAUUUUGGCAAAGGCAUGUUGAAUGUUAUUCCUAUAUGAAUCUUUCAAAGGAAGGUUUGAAGAAGCUUUGAGCUUUAUUUGUGCUGUAUGUGAUUUUAAAAAUGCUAUGUUGUGUCCUGAACAACAUGGCAUGUUCAAAGAAUGGUUGCGGAACUGAUGAUUUUGGGUCAAUUUUGAUCAGUUUUGAUCUUUUUUGAUCAUUUGUAAUCAUUUUUGAUCUUUUUUUUGAUAAUUUUCGAUAAUUUUUUUGGUCAUGUUUGAUCAUUUUUGAUCAGUUUUGAUCAUUUUAG